AUGUCCAGGAUAAUUGGCUCCAAGAUCCAGGUUGCCGGCUGGACCAUAUACUCCGCUCUUAUUUGGUCCCUGAAGUUGUCCAUGCUGUACUUCUACACUCGUCUGACGACGGGACUUGGCCGGUCUUAUCGCAUCCGGAUAUACGUGGGUUUCGGCCUUGUCAUCGGCACUUUCAUUGCGACUAUAAUAGCCAUAUUUGCUGGCUGCCAGCCUUUUCACAAGUACUGGCAGAUCAACCCAGAUCCUGGCACCAACAUCUCAACCGACAUCUAUCUUAUCGCAAUACCCCUACCUAUGCUUUGGGGAUCGAGCCUGAAAAUGAUCAAGAAGAUCGCCUCGACGAUUGUACUUGGAGCCGGAUCCCGUUCAUGGAGCCGAGCUUGCUGGAAGCUGGGGCACUCGCGAAGCCUUUGUCGCCGUAAUGACAACCAACCUACCGAUCCUCUUUCCGCUCUUCAGGGUCUGGCUCACGCCAAUCUUCGGAAGCGUAUUACGCUCCUCUCAUAA